CCGCCCCUUCCUGUCCGCUAUCCGGACUUCCGUCCUGAGAAUGCAUCCUCGGUAGUUUGAUUCGGAGCAUCUUUUCUAGGAAGUAAACACGUUCUAGUUUGGGACGCGGACUUUCCGGCGGUGCUGUAACAGCUUCCGGCGCUCCCUGGCUGUAAAGACUCUGUACGUGACGUCGCGUCGCCCACGACGGCGAUCGAGUUUAGAAAUAUCCCGAGGGAUCUUACGGUAACCUACAUCAGCCCGCCAAGAUGGCGAUGCAAGCGGCUAAAAGGGCGAAUAUCCGCCUCCCACCUGAAGUAAACCGGAUUUUGUAUAUAAGGAAUUUGCCAUACAAAAUCACAGCAGAAGAAAUGUAUGAUAUAUUUGGGAAAUAUGGACCUAUUCGUCAAAUCAGAGUAGGGAAUACACCUGAAACCAGAGGAACAGCCUAUGUGGUCUAUGAAGACAUCUUUGAUGCUAAGAAUGCCUGUGACCACCUAUCAGGGUUCAACGUUUGUAACAGAUACCUUGUGGUUUUGUAUUACAAUGCUAACCGGGCAUUCCAGAAGAUGGACACCAAGAAGAAGGAGGAGCAGCUGAAGCUUCUCAAGGAGAAGUACGGCAUCAACACAGACCCUCCCAAAUGAGUGCGGCCAUGCGUGGGCCCCAUGCCUUUCCUCUUUAAUUAGUACUCAAUCUUGUGACUUCUUAUUGGAGACCUAGCAUGACUUGUUAGAAAGUUUUCUAGUAUUAGAAUAUAUAAUGUUAAUAAACUUUGUAGCUUUUGUAAAA